UCCCUGUUCGCGGAUUCUUUUCAAAUUUGGAAACAAUUUGAUCCAAAUUCAAUGGCGGAUUCACGAGAGACAUUGUUAACAGCAGUAAACAACAAAAUCAACAUAAAAUCAAAUUACUGGAUUAUCGAUGCUCUCGAAUCCAGGGGUUUUUCCUGGAUAUUUUUCGACCAAUCAAGUCUAUGGAAAGCUGGUCUCUCAUGGUCAAUCUUCUUCCUCUUGGCGAUCUGCGUCCCGAUUCUGUCACACUUGGUGUUUCAGUGUUCCACCUGCGAUUACAACCACCGCCGGCCAUUUGAUUUGAUUGUACAGUCGUCGCUCUCUGUAUUCUCGGCUAUUUCGUUCGUCAGUCUCUCGUCCUUCUCUCGGAAAUACGGUCUCCGGCGAUUUCUGUUCCUUGAUAAAAUGUCUGAUGUUAGCGAUAAAGUCCGCCAUGGAUAUUCCGAUCAGCUUCAUAGAGCAAUGAAGUUUUACUGUGCAUUCGUGGUUCCUUGUUUUCUAGCUGAUGCUAUAUACAAGAUAUGGUGGUUUAUUUCUGGAGCACACCAAAUACCUUUCAUCUCCAACAUCUACUUAAGCCACACCAUAGCCUGUGUCCUGCUUUUGGGGUCUUGGUUAUACCGUACAUCACUGUUCUUUCUUGUCUGCAUGCUCUUCAAGCUCACUUGUUCUCUGCAAAUAUUCAGACUUGACGAUUUUGCUAAAGUGUUUGAAAGACAAGGAGAUGUAGGUUUGAUAUUGAUGGAACAUCUUGCAAUCAGAAGAACUCUUCGUAUCAUAAGCCAUAGAUUUCGUGGAUUUGUGUUAUCGACUCUCAUACUUGUUACAGCUAGCCAGUUUGCUUCCUUGCUUGUGUUGACUCGGACAGGCUCACUCGUCAAUAUUUCUACUGCUGGAGAACUCGCGUUGUGCUCGGCUACACUUGUGAGUGGGUUACUCAUAUGCUUGCGCUAUGCGGCAAAGAUCACACACAAAGCUCAAUCUGUGACAAGCUUGGCAGCCAAAUGGCACACAUGCGCCACCGUGGACUCAUUUAAUGACAUUGAUCCUAUCGACGAGACUCCAUCUACUAACAUUACUUCCGAGAGAGAGAAUUACAAUUUUAACCCUCAUUCACAUUCGGAUAGUGAAGAAGGAGAUGAAGACGAAUUGGACAAUACAAAGUUAGUUCCAGUCUAUCGGCAUACAGUCUCAUUCCAGAAAAGACAAGCCUUAGUGACAUACUUUGAGAACAACAAGGCUGGGAUUACAGUAUUCGGUUUCAUGCUAGACAGGUUUCUCAUAAACCCUAUAUCCGCUAUGUACAAUGAUCACUCAAAUGAAUUACAUAACCAAUACAAGUUAAACACAGUCAUCGGUUAUCGUCUACCACCACCACCCAUCGGUCGUGUACCCUCGACCACCACCGUAUUCUACCAUAGCAAUGACGGUGGGAGAUUGAUGAUUACCAGCUCCGAAAUUUGA